AGGGCAAACUUGGUGGACCUUCAGAAGAAGCUCGAGGAACUGGAGCUGGACGAGCAGCAGAAGAAGCGCCUGGAAGCUUUCCUCACACAGAAAGCCAAAGUGGGCGAGCUGAAGGAUGAUGACUUCGAGAGGAUCUCUGAAUUGGGGGCUGGCAAUGGUGGCGUGGUCACCAAAGUGCAGCACAAACCCUCAGGGCUCAUUAUGGCACGGAAGCUGAUUCAUUUAGAAAUCAAACCAGCCAUCAGGAAUCAGAUUAUCCGAGAGCUGCAGGUGCUGCACGAGUGUAACUCCCCGUAUAUCGUGGGUUUCUAUGGAGCCUUCUACAGCGAUGGAGAGAUCUCCAUCUGCAUGGAGCACAUGGAUGGCGGCUCUUUGGAUCAAGUGUUGAAAGAAGCCAAAAGAAUUCCCGAGGAGAUUUUGGGGAAAGUCAGUAUAGCGGUUCUGAGAGGCUUGGCAUAUCUGAGAGAAAAGCACCAAAUCAUGCACAGAGAUGUGAAGCCUUCUAACAUCCUGGUUAAUUCUCGAGGAGAGAUUAAGCUGUGUGAUUUCGGGGUCAGCGGUCAACUCAUUGACUCCAUGGCAAACUCUUUUGUGGGAACUCGGUCCUACAUGUCUCCCGAGCGGUUGCAGGGCACCCACUACUCGGUCCAGUCGGACAUCUGGAGCAUGGGUCUGUCGUUAGUGGAGCUGUCUAUCGGAAGGUACCCAAUCCCCCCGCCAGACUCCAAGGAACUGGAAGCAAUAUUUGGCCGUCCUGUGGUGGACGGGGCAGAGGGAGAGUCUCACAGCAUCUCGCCGCGGGCCAGGCCCCCAGGACGCCCCGUCAGUGGCCACGGGAUGGACAACCGGCCUGCGAUGGCCAUCUUUGAACUGCUGGAUUAUAUAGUUAAUGAGCCACCUCCCAAGCUACCGAAUGGAGUUUUCACGCAAGAUUUCCAGGAGUUUGUAAAUAAAUGCUUAAUUAAAAACCCAGCAGAACGGGCAGAUCUGAAGAUGCUGAUGAGUCACACCUUCAUCAAACGCUCGGAAGUGGAGGAGGUGGAUUUUGCCGGCUGGCUCUGCAGAACGCUGCGCUUGAACCAGCCCAGCACGCCCACCCGCGCUGCCAUCUGAGGGCCGAGCCACCGGUGUCAGUACCUCUGCCUCUGUCACCAUUUCCUCUCCUGCCCUACAUGACAGAACUGCCCCCCUUCCUUCUCCC